AUGGCUUCGAUGUCUUUGCCGGCAGGAUAUUCCAAGGACUUCCGCGUGGCGACCCAAGCUGGCCAAGCAGCCCCGGUGGUUCGGACACUCUCCUUCAGCCAGCAGGCUGCGCCUGCUCCCCAAGCUGCAAGCAUUUCUCGGAUUCCGACCAGGGUGCAGCGAGCCACAAGUUUCCACGCAGGGGCACCUACGCAUCCUACAACGGUCUACACAGCUCCAGGUCCAGUUGGCCGCCAAACAAUCCACCCCGCUGUCCCUGCCGCAACCCAUGGGUUUGUCGCCCCUGGGUUCGGCCGCCAGACAAGCACACCAGUUACACACGUCACUCAGCCGUUUGGCCGGCAAACCAGCACACCAGCCACCGUGACUCAGCCUUUUGGCCGCCAGACAAGCACACCAGCCACCGUCACUCACGCGUUCGGGCGCCAGACAAGCACGCCGGCCCCUGUGCCGCUGCAGCAGGCUGUCCCCGCUCCAAUCUACCGUCGGUACACCUCGUUUACAGCUCCACCCGGCGUUGGCCUUGCAGCUGCCGCCCGAGCUGCCACGGCCUUCCACACUCAACCUGCGACCCAGAGCCAGGACCAACCUUCUCAAGACGAGUUUGAUGUCGAAGAGCUGCAGCCGGAGGUGGUCGCGGCUGCGGAUGGACAGAUUCUUACGCAGACCAUUGCAGAGGACGUGGAGCCCACUGAGGACGCCACAGUCCAG